AUGUGGCGACCAAAUGCUCUCUACCGGCCCGAUGCAAAAUCUGCGGAGAAGAUCAUACCUCGCAAGACCACCCCAGCCGCGCGCAAUGCUCGAACUGCACCGCCGAAGCGCGAGCUGAGGACAUGGACAUCGAUUCUGGCAACCCCGGGCCAUGCAUGCACCGAAUCUGCUGUAUCAACUGCAAAGGGAAACACGAAGACACCGGCCAUCCUGCGGACUCGAGACGAUGCCCCGAACGAACGGCAAGAUACAACGAAGCACUGGAUCUACAUCAACACAUACAACGAGGGCGGACAUCGAGCCGCGGCCGCGGAACGCCUCACAAACAUUGACCUCCCCCGCAACACCCCGACCGUCUUCCUUGGGGACUGGAAAUUGCACCACGAGCUAUGGUCACGAGCGGACAAGAAUGGAAGCCGCCGCUCACGAAACUUUGUCGAGUGGAUGAUGGAGGCUGAGGCUGGACCUCAGUGCGUCUUAAUCAACAAGAAAGGAGAAGUCACAUUCACCCCACAUAACGCAACGAGCUCAAGUUCGGUCAUAGACCUAAUGUUCGUGAACGGACGGGCAAUCAAUGACGACAUCAUCCAAGAAUGGACUAUCGACAGGUCCAUGUCAUAUGGGUCUGACCACCACGGCAUUCGCUGGACAACUGACAACGGCAGGGAGGAAAUAGACAAUGUCACUGGGACGAGAUACAACAUGAAGGAUGUCGAUCCCAAGAAAUGGUCCUCGGCGUUCCGAGAGGAACUUGACAACCGCCGCCCCGCAAUCGACGCAAUCCUCGACCCCGAUAUGCAAGUGUCCAACGAGCAACUGGAAGCCACGGCGACUGCUCUCACAGAGGCAAUGCAAGCGGCCACGGCACGGGUCGCAAAGCCGAAGCGUCAGUCGAAGAUGGCGAAACCGUGGUGGAAUGACGAACUGCGGACCGCUGUUAACAACUUGAGCAACGCGCAACUUGAGCUGAAGACGGUCGAUGUCCUCAUCGACUAG